AUGGGAUAUGUGUUAUCCUUCUGCCUGGCUAACCCCAGAGAUCUAUUCAGUCCCCUGCAACACAACCCUCCAUUCUCUCUGGAUAUAUCAGUCAUGAAGCCUUGUUUAAUGACCAUUUCCAUCCUUCUGAUCCUGGUUCAUAAGACUCCAGGUGGCCUGUUCAGAUCCUAUUAUGGCAAGAGCCAAGAAGAGUCUUGGAAUCCAUGCCAACUUCACCAAGGCACAUGCCGAAAUGCCUGCAGAAAAUAUGAACUUCAAUACUUAACCUGUCUAAACCACGAAAAGUGCUGCCUAAAAUUUUUUGUGAAAGUGGCAACGGCAAACAAUGUGAAGGAGGAGUCUAACUCCAACUCCAGUUUGUCAGUUACAAUGCUUUCAAACUAUUCUCAGAUUUGA